UCUCCUUUGCCAAUUGCCAGCCCAACCCAGCACACCAAAACAACCACCAAAACAGAACAAAACAAACUACAAAACAAAAAAAAUCAAAUCAAACAAGAACUCAACUCACACAUAGUUACAUACAUUACAAUAUUACAUACUCUCUCUUCUUCUUCAACUCCCCUGCUUUUCUCUCUCACCACAAAAACUCAACAAUGCUGCCUUACAAAACCAUUGGAGAGGCUGAAUCUCUCUUAAAUCGAACUCUGACUUUCUCAGAAACUCUUUGGUUGAAUUACUCUGCUAAUAAAUCUGAUUAUUUCUUGUUUUGUCACAACAUUUUAUUUCUCUUCGUGAUUUUCUCUCUCAUCCCUGUCCCUCUUGUCGUCGCUGAACUUAUGCGCGCAACCAACAUUGAGCGUUACAAAAUCCAGCCAAAAGUCAGAUUAUCGUUUGCUGAAAUGAUAUCUUGUUAUAAGACCGUUAUGAAGAUGUUCUUCUUUGUUGUGGGCCCACUUCAACUCGUUUCAUACCCUUCUGUCAAGUUAAUUGGGAUAAGGACGGGACUGCCAUUGCCGUCAGGGUGGGAGAUGUUGAUCCAAUUAACUGUAUAUUUCAUAGUUGAGGACUAUUCGAAUUAUUGGGUUCAUAGAUUUCUACAUUGUACAUGGGGGUACGAGAAGAUUCACAAGGUGCACCAUGAGUAUACUGCGCCGAUUGGUUUUGCAGCCCCAUAUGCACAUUGGGCUGAAAUUUUGAUCCUUGGGAUUCCGUCAUUUCUCGGCCCUGCGUUGGUUCCGGGUCACAUGAUUACCUUUUGGGCGUGGAUUGCUUUGAGACAGAUUGAGGCAAUUGAAACACACAGUGGAUAUGACUUUCCAUGGAGCCCCACAAAGUAUAUCCCAUUCUAUGGUGGUGCUGAGUACCAUGAUUACCAUCAUUAUGUUGGCGGACAAAGCCAAAGCAAUUUUGCUUCAGUCUUCACUUACUGUGAUUACAUCUACGGGACUGAUAAGGGAUUUCGUUACCAGAAAAAACUCCUUGCAAAGUUGAAAGAAGGAUCAAGCAGCAACGAUCAACAAAACGGACUCAAACUCGAUUAGGAACAUCCUUGGAAUACUUUGUUUGUUCCUCUGGGUGGAUUUUUUCAUGUAGCUUUAAGUAUAUGACGCUCGCUAUGCUGAGCUGAUCAUCCAACUGUGACCUGUGUAGUUAACUGUUACCCCCUUCCUUUUUUUCUCCUUUUUUUUUGUUUUUUUUUGGGGGAGGGGGGGAUAUGUUGUAGUGUUAUACUUUUCUUCUUUUGUAGUUGCGUUUUUGAAACCCUUUUAUGGGUUGAAAAAACUUAAUGAAAGUGAUUAUGUAGGGUUGGUACUGGUAGUAUCUGUAAUAGUCAGGUUCAGGGUUUAUUUGGGGUUGAUUUUGGGCCAUGCUCAAAUAUAUCAAAACUUAUGUAAGAUACAAUCUAAUUCUAAAAUAUUCUACAUGUAUCUAAUUGGUUGGGUUAUUUGGGUUA